AUGGACGCCGACACUGCAACGCGGUACAGAUCCCGCAUCCUUAGAGAGAUGAACACGAACCGCGACAACCCAUUCAACUCACCCCCUUCCUCAACCGGAUCGCACGGAACUGUCACACUGUCCUCAGUCUUCUCCGACCCAGAAGGCGAAUCGACGAGGAAGCUCAACGAGGAUAUCGCGCGUGUUAUUGCACCGCGCAAGGGAGUCAUUAAAUACGAGUCUGCGGCAAAGCGAUUUCCAGAUUAUUACAGUAUGCCCAGAGACAAGAUAUUCGAGGACGACACCGAUACGAGGCCAAUGAGCUCCGAGUCCAAGGAGAACAAGCCGCCAGCCUUCAAGUACAACGAUGACUCGACACAGGACGCCAUGCAGGUGACGCACAGAACGCGUGCUCAGAUGCAGCCACGCGUGCAGGACGAGUCGGAGAUGUCGUCGCUGCUGAUCCCGGCCAAAGGCUUGUCUGCGCAGUACCAGAACUACUCAAAGACCAAUGUCCGUCACCCGAGCCCGCUCUCCAAAGUUCAGAACCGUAGCCAGUCGACGGCUAACGACGACGAGUCGCAAAGGCGAAGUUCCAUACACGACGCGUUGGAGGAAAUGCGCAGGCGCUCCAGAAGCCCGCACGAGCAGGGGAACAAGCGGCAGAAUGGAUCGCCGCGCAUGUCGUCGGCCAAGUCAAGCUUGACGGCGGUGCCGUCGCCAGAGCAAGCCAAUGAAUCUGCAUUUGACGGCUCAGUGGUGCGCUCGUUCUUCAUGCCUGAUGUGUCACACCUCGGUGAUUUCGUCACUGGAACCUUGCGCUUCAGCGGAUCCAUGCGUAAUGGCGUGCCUGUUUUCGUGAAGAAUGGUAAGGUUCAUGACAGCCGGGAUAGGCGCUCCCAAGCUCACCAUGCCGAGCUGAACGAGCUGGAGGUACCGGAAGAUGAAGAGAGGAUAUUCGUGUCCAUGGAUAUGAUCCGCGAAGAGAUUGUCUCUCUUCAAGAACACUAUGACAAGGUACAGGAGUAUGCCUCAAAUCUCCAGGAGCAGGUGGAGAGCCUCGAGGCCGAGCUUAAGAAACGACCGGCAUCUGGAGGCCGAGGUAAUGCGGACUUUAUGAAUCAGCACCUAGCAGACCAGAAGGACCGGUUGGAAGUCGAGGUUGCAGACUUGCAAUCACGCCUCGAGCAGGCAGCGCGGAAGAACACGAUUAACGAAAUCGAGAAUGAGUCAAUUGCUCAGGAGAAGGACCGCGCAGUCAGGAAGCUGCAGGAGGCUUGCGAAGACAUCAACAAACUCACGCGCAAGUUGGCGACUCGGGAGAGGGAGCUGGAGACAUCACACAAACAGCUCGAGUCGACAGUACAACUGCGCCGUGAAAAUCAUCAAAUCCGCGAUGAUUACAAGAAGAUGGCAGACAAACACGACGCACUCGAGCUCAUGAACAAUGACCUGCAGGAUCGACUUGCCGACUUUGAGAAGGAAGUCGAAUCGCUCACUUCCGACAACGACACCUUGCGCCGUCAGUAUCAGUCCAUCUUGAACGAGAAUCGGUCACUACGCACCGCAAACCAGAAUCUUUUGGAGGAAAACGCACGACUCCGUGCAAACCCCCAUGAUGCUCCGUCUAACACCGCUCGCGAAGAGAUUGACGAUCUCCGCUCGCAGAUGCGUGCUUCGGACGAGGAAAGGAUUGCGCUCCAGACCGACAACGAUAGUCUUGUUCGCCACAACGAGAACUACUACAGCGAGAACAAGACCCUGCGCCGCGAGAAUACAGGCUUUGAGCGAAGCAUCGCUGAGAUGCGCGAUCAGAAUUUGAAAUUGAAGGAAGAUGUCGAGUUCUUGAAGGGGCAAUUGGAUCACUGCCGACCCAUCCCUAAAGAGGACUUCUCGGCACGUCUUGAAGAGCAGACCGACGACAACAUGACCUCAGCAUUUUUCCUGCCUGAUAUCACCGUCGACAGAAAUGACACAGGAGCUGUGCCGGAGAACACCCAGACGCAAGACUUGCCCCAGUUGCCCGAGUUUACGGAAAAUACCAACAGAAUGUCGGCGAUUGUGGAUAUGACAGAAGAGCGCACGGAGAAAUCGACGAGGCACGAGACUACUAGCCACACUCAGAAGACCGGAACGCAGCAACAAAAGGCCAAAUUGAGCAAGACAUCAACAGCCGGCACGGCUGCGAACAAGGUUGCAUUUGCGGUUCCCGAGCACCCAGUCCGGGCCAGCAAGAGCACGUCGCAGCUGCCCAACCAAAGCAGCAAACGCCGCACCGCCUCAAUGCCAGUCAAGCGCACGUCUAUGCCCACUGUAGACAUGGACGAGUCUACCGGCCUGCUUUCCCUUGACAACACCACACAGGAUCCCUCGCUACCACUACCCGAGCUUCUCAAGCCACGUAAAGAGGCCAAGGAUGGCAAGAGACAACAGAAGAAGGAUGCCACUCACGAGGUGACAAGUCAAUGCCAGAGUCAGAGCCGCGGGUCGGAACAGCGCCGCCACUCGCGCCAGCGCUCACACUCUCGCGGUUCUCAGAGCUCCAAGCACAUUGCUGUCGAGACAACUGUGGAGAACCACCUUGGCGUCGAGAAAGACAACUGCCCUGCCCUAUCAAAAGACGCUCGCCGCGUCCUGGACAACCUCUGUGAGCACAAGUGCAGCAACUGCACCGUAUGCAGCCGAAUCACGUCCCACCGCGGCGUCAUAUCAUCAACAGACCUCGUACACGGCAAGAAGCGUGUCACUGUUCCUCGUCCUGUCCCUGUUACCGACCGCGGGCUUGGGGAAGAUGCGACUAUGCGUCCGGCUCACCAUCCUGGCCAUGCACUUGCCAUGGUCAUCAAGUCUCUUGAAGACGAAGCGCAGCACAUGCAGCUGGAGCUAACGCGCGCGCAACUCGAGUACAACAGCUCCGACAAGGCUUACGGCCGUCGUGAACGCCUCAUCUUGGCAGAGUCGAUACGCCACCUGCUCAAACAGCUGGAAGCCAAGAAUGAUCAGAUUUACAGUCUGUACGACGUGCUAGAGGGACAAAAGUCGGCAGGACAGGUCAUGUCCGAGGAUGAAGUGGAAAUGACGGUGCUCAACAUUACAGGCAUGACUGUAAGGGAUGUGACCAGCGGGACGGAACAGCUCACGUGGGAGGGAUUCGGUGACCUUUGA